CGGAAGUUCUCUGAGAAGCAAUAUCUUUCAUCGGAAUCUGUCAUUUUGCGAAUGAUUAAUGAAACACAUUUAAUUUUGAAAAUUGAGGAAUGUAUAGAUCUUCGACGCUACUGCGCUUUUUUCAAAAAUGGCAGAUGUUCUCGAUCUUCACGGAGAGAAUGACUUUGAAGAGGAUCAAGAUGGAGACCAUGGUUUGAUGAAAUUAAAAGAGAGUGCUAAGAAAAGAAAAGGGAGAGGAUUUGGAUCUGACUCAGUGGGAACAACUAAAGAGAGCUAUGAAUCUAUCGGAGUAGAUGAUGGUGCUUCAAAAUCAGGACCGCAAAGAUCCGUUGAAGGUUGGAUCUUAUUUGUUAGAAAUGUACAAGAAGAAGCCACAGAAGAAGAUAUCCGGGAUAAAUUCUGUGAAUAUGGUGAUAUAAAAAAUAUACACUUGAAUCUUGAUCGGCGAACUGGUUAUUUGAAGGGAUAUGCUUUGGUGGAGUAUGAGAAUUUCAAAGAAGCACAUACGGCUAUGGAACAUUUGAAUGGUUCUGAGUUAAAUGGUCAGAAGAUUCACGUAGACUGGGCUUUCACUAAAGGUCCGAGUCAAGUUAAAACGCCAGCCAAGCACAGAACACGUGAUCGUAGUCGAAGUCGUUCAGUUGAACGUGCUCGACGAUAACUGUAUAUGCAUCUUUCAAAUGAAUUACAUUUUCUUACCCUAACAGUCUCCUGUUGUUUAAAACGAACAGCGUUUUUCUCGAUCCAGUCAAAAUGUGUGUAGUUUCUAGUCAGGUGUACUUAAUAAACACAGGGUCUUCUUGCAUCUAACUUAA